AUGCAUCAACAAGGUCCUCCCGGUGCUGGUCCAAGCAUCAACCCGAACGCAGCCCCAGGCCCGAUUCCUGCGACCACUCCACUUGUCGUGCGACAAGACCAGAACGGCGUCCAAUGGAUCGCAUUUGAGUACUCGCGUGAUCGCGUCAAGAUGGAGUACACCAUCCGCUGUGACGUUGAGUCCGUCGAUGUCGAUAGUCUUCCGCAAGAAUUUAAGACGGAGAAUUGCGUGUAUCCCCGCGCGUGUUGUCGAAAGGAGGACUACAAGGGCAACCGUCUUGCCUACGAGACCGAGUGCAACACCGUUGGUUGGGCUUUGGCUCAACUCAAUCCUUGCCUACGAGGCAAGCGGGGUCUCAUUCAGCGAGCCGUGGAUAGCUGGAGGAAUAGCAACCAAGAUCCAAGGCUUCGAAGCAGGCGGGUGAGGAGGAUGGCCAAGAUGAACAGUAGAAAAGCACAAGCAGCGCCGCAACAACAUGCUCCGCACAUGGCAGGUCCAGGUGCCCCGGGCGCUCCUGGCAUUCCCAAUUCCGCUGGGUUGGCCGCGCCGCCGAGACAGCCCAGCAUUAGCAUGGGAGGACCGCAGAUGCAUCACCACCACCAUGAGCAUCCGGGAGGAGGUGCACCGGGCGGUGCAGAUGAUGUUAGCGCCAGCGCUGAGUAUGCCGACGGGUCUCACGCACACCACCAUCCCCCUCCCAAUGGAAAUGCGUCACCCAAUGACGUCCGUCAAGCGCAUAAUUUCUACCCGACCUAUCCUACGUCUCAAGGCAUGGUGACAUCGACGAUCCCGCCUACACAUGAUAGCGUUGAGCAAUUGGGACACGCGCCCUCACAUACGAAUUCGGUGAUAGUAUCAUCACGAGCAAGGGACGAUCAAGACGAGGAGCGAAACAUCGCUCUUUUCGGCGAUCUCCCCGAAGAGAAGCGACGCAAAUUCAUUCUCGUCGACGACACCCAGCGCAAUACCCGCGUCCGGGUCCGUGUUAUGUUGGAUCAGGUCCGCAUGCAUGAAAUGCCCGACUCCUACCGUAAGAACAAUUCUGUUUACCCGCGUUCUUGGUAUGCGACCGAAAUGCAGUCACCUCCUCCAUCGCCACGGACCGGUCGAUGGCCCAACGACGUUGACGACAACAUUGAUGGACCGGCAGCACAGACCGUUGUUGCGGUGCCGAUGCUAGAUGGAAGCGAGGCGAAGGUAACGCUCCCACGCAUGAACCGGACAAAGCGUGGCAAAGAGAUGACGUUGAACGACCUGGGCUACCGAAUGAGCUGGAGCCAGAGUCGCGUGUUCUCCGGAAGGACGUUGUUCCUGCAACGAUCUUUGGAUGCCUACCGCAAUAAAAUGCGUAGCACCAUGGUGGCGGCAGGUCAAGAUGUUUCAAACGUGGCGCCGCAUUUCGAGACCCGGGUCGGGAAGCGGAAGUGGUUAGAGAGGAGCAAACGAUCCAGACGCGAUUCUUCGCCUUAA